CGCUGGCAUUCGGUCUCGUGGAAUGGCAUUCUAGAAUCGGAGCUGUGUCUCCUCGAAUCGACCGCUUCUUUCGAUGCUCAGAAGAAGGGACUUGAUUGUUGCCAUUUUGCGUCCGCACCCACUUUGAAUUUCACACUCGUUUUUUUUUUUUUUUUUUUUUUUUUUUUCUCUCUCUCUCUGUUUAAUAUAUAUGUAGAUAUAAACACACAGGUCGAGGAUAUGGACAUGAGUCGCAGCAGGGGUGGUCCGUGCAGUUGAGAAGGCAUGGUUAUCGGCGAUCGGGCCAUCCCUUGUGCGGUGCCGCUACGAAAGAUAGUGCUAUAGCCGAUGCGCCCUUUCUUUAUCCUUGCGAUGCGGAAAUACUUUCUCUGUGCUGGGGCGUGCACGUGAGCGCUACGGAUGCGGGACUCACUCCGCCACAUGAGUUGGGAAGUUUGCAGUUUAUAAAAGGCGACGGGAGGGAGGGUGGUUGUUCGGAGAUGAAAUUUGUGGGCAGCUUUGCUCAACGCUGCCGACUUGCAUCAGCUGCUGCGUUGAACUCCGGCCCCUGCUGUUCCUCAAGUUUGGUGGUGCUUCCAAUUGGGCGCGGUGUGGGAGUAGUUGGAUUGCGAUGGGAUGGAUCUGUAGAAGAUAUGCAACAAGUCUGGUUCAAGAGAUUACUGAAGUGGUUAUCUGAUACUUGCAUCCAACAUGAGUAUCUGAUUGCGGCUGCGUCGGUGCUGGAAGUUGAGAAGAGGGAAUAGAGCAGCAUGGCCGGGUUAGCGCGUUUUAGGAAGGGGGCCAUUAGCGCAGCCCUGGCUACAACUGCCGUAGCCACGGUCGCAUGGGCAGGAUCGCAGGUUAGCAGCAGCGAUGCAGUGGUGCCACGGAGCGAGGCGGCUGCCGCGGUGGUCCAGCGAAUGGAGGCGGCCGACUGGAAAGCUCCUCAUCGGAGUGUGCAGGAGGCGAGUUUGCGCGGUUGUACUGCGGCCAAUCCAUUGGAUAUACUCGUAAUUGGAGGUGGUGCCACAGGUUGUGGAGUGGCGUUGGAUGCAGUUACUCGAGGUUUGCGAGUUGGAUUGGUAGAGCGUGACGACUUUGCCGCUGGGACAUCGUCAAGGUCCACUAAGCUCGUGCACGGAGGAGUUCGGUAUUUGGAGAAGGCGUUCUGGAAACUGGAUUAUGGACAGCUGAAGCUCGUGUUCCAUGCUCUGGAAGAACGGGCGCAGAUUUUACAAAAUGCGCCCCAUCUCUGCAAACCAUUACCAACCAUGACCCCCUGCUAUGAAUGGUGGGAGCUUCCUUAUUAUUGGGUUGGCCUUAAGGCGUACGAUCUGGUAGCUGGGCGUCGGAUGCUUCACCUCUCUCGUUACUUUUCUAAGCAAGAAUCGAUGGAGGCUUUCCCAACGCUUGCUCUCCAGAACAGCCACAACAAGACACUCAAGGGGACGGUGGUGUAUUACGAUGGCCAGAUGAACGACUCUCGUUUGAAUGUAGCAAUUGCGUGCACUGCAGCGUUGGCGGGUGCGGCCAUGAUGAACCAUGCCGAGGCAGUUAGCCUUAAAAAAGACCCCAAGUCGGGGAAAAUCAUAGGUGCCCGGAUUCGGAACAACCUAACCAACAAGGAGUUCGACGUUUAUGCCAACGUCGUCGUCAAUGCAGCAGGCCCCUUUUGUGACGAAGUGAGAGGGCUAGCUGAUGGCAAAGCUUCACACAUUAUAUCUCCGUCCAGCGGGGUUCACAUUGUACUUCCUGAUUAUUACUCCCCCGACAACAUGGGGCUGAUUGUGCCCAAGACAAAAGACGGCCGAGUGGUAUUCAUGCUGCCUUGGCUUGGUCGCACAGUGGCUGGCACUACUGACUCUGCUGCUACUUUGACAAUGAGCCCCGAGCCACAUGAAGAAGAAAUACAGUUCAUCUUGGACGCCAUCAGCGACUACCUCACAGUGAAGGUUCGGAGGUCAGAUGUCAUGUCGGCGUGGAGUGGAAUCCGCCCCUUGGCUACAGACCCAAAUGUCAAAGACACCGACACAGCUUCCAUAUCCCGGGACCAUGUCGUCUGCGUGGACCCCGAUGGCUUGGUCACCGUCACUGGUGGCAAAUGGACAACUUACAGAAGCAUGGCAGAGGAUGCUGUGAACGCUGCCAUCAAAAGCGGAUCACUACGACCUGGUCAAGACUGUUUGACUCACCAAUUACCAUUGAUGGGUGCAUACGGAUGGGAUCCUGCCUCCUUUACUGUGCUUUCUCAAACUUAUUUGCGUAUGAAGAGAAGCUACGGUGGUAAGAUUGUACCUGGAGCUAUGGACUCUGCUGCUGCCAAGCAUCUCGUAGACUCCUAUGGGGGCUUGGCUGCACGGGUGGCACACAUAGCUCAGGCUGAAGGGCUAGGCAAGCGGCUGGCGCACGGUUACCCCUACUUAGAAGCUGAGGUAGCGUACUGUGCUCGCCAUGAGUAUUGUGAGUCUGUUGUCGAUUUCAUUUCAAGGCGUGCGCGGCUUGCGUUUCUCGACACCAACGCUGCAACACGCGCGCUGCCUCGAGUGAUUGAAAUCCUAGCAGCGGAACAUGGGUGGGACCGUCACAAGAAGAAGAUGGAGUUGGAAGCUGCCAAGGCUUUCUUGGAGACAUUCAAGGCUGCUAAGAAUGCACAAUUCGAUGAUGGCAAGCAUUCUAAAAUGCACGCUUGAUUGAUUUGCAGAUUGUAGAUACGUCAAGCUUCGCAUGUUUGAUUGUGCGAGAUCUCACUUGUACAGAAAUAGCUCCCUCCUAAUACUUUAUAAUCUGUUCGGACCUGAUUCUGUCUCAAAAGUGUAACACCACGAUUUAUUGCUACAUAUUGUCAUGUAGUGUAGCUUUGUAAUGCGAAGGUCAUUGGAAGGAAUGUAUCUGGCCUGUGAGAACUGCUCGUCUUCUGGACGAGGAAUUGAAGAAUUGAA